AUGGGACUCGACACGAAGGAUCCUUUGGUGCAAAUAAAAAUAACGGAGACCGUGUGCGGUUUCGUGGCAAUAUGCAUGACCGUGUCGCGGUUGUACAUCCGGAGAGGGCGAUACUGGUGGGAUGACGCUUGGGUAUUCUUUUCAUUAAUAAACUUGUUCAUCCAAUUCGCCGCGGUAUUCAUGCACGUCGAAGACCCGUCAGAAAUCUCAAGAACAAGUCGCAUUGCAGCGUACUACUUGAUGGCCGUCACUUUCUACACGAUCAUCUGGUCCGCGCGGCUGGCAAUUCUCUACUCGAUAAUCAGGCUCGACCCCGAUCCCGUCAUGCGGUACAGGCUGAAAUGGGUCGCCGGGGUGUUCGUCGCCGCAAUAUUCUUUUUCUUCGCCCAGCUCAUGUGGGUGUGCGAGCCCGAGCCUGGCUGGAAAGAUGCCCGAAGCCCCCAGUGCCGGCUGAACAAGGAGGUCGCCAUAUGUCAAGUCGUCUCGGACGUGAUAUCAGACCUUCUUCUCAUCACUCUGCCCAUCCGACUUAUCCGAGGGAUUCGGGACCGCGGGCUCCAGCGACGCCUUAUGCUCAUUUUCUCAACAAGCAUCGUGACCACAGUUGUAUCACUAGCCCAUGCAUACUACAUUAUUACCGACGGUGAAAUCCCGGUGGUCAUCUCUGCUCUUGUCGAGGACUGCAUGUCGCUCACCGUCGCAAACCUGCCGGUCACCGCAACAGCGCUGCUCAGGAUGUUCGGCGUGUACGGCGAGAGCGACCGCGACGACUCGUACGCGGACGGCAGCACGGGCGGCCCGCGGUUCAAGCACACGAGCUUCGGGUUCAAGACGCGCUUCACGAGCGUGUUCGGGGUGAGCACGGGGCGCCAUCGCGGCCACGGGACGACGUUCGGCGCGACGACGGGGUAUGGCGGCCAGACCACCAUAGGCACGGACGAGACGGAGCCCACGACGGCGACGCCGUUCAAGGUGGGGGCGCUGGAUUGCACGGGGCAGGGGGCUACCCGGACGGUCGAGUUCCAGCUUGGCGAGCGGAUGCCCAUGAGUGCGGACAUGGACCGCAAGGGCUUGCUGGGCCCGAUGCCCGAGACGCCGGUGAAGGAGGCGCCGACCGUGCUGGAGGAUGACCGGGCGUCACAUGGCUCCAAAGGCAGCGCGGAGCAAGGACGCUUGAGAAAGCUGGCCAGCUUUACUUGGGAUCGGCGAGGCGCAGAGCAGAACGAGCGACUGCCGGAAGGCGUUCAGGUCACGACGGAGACGGUUCGCACGGCCGACUCAUGACUAUAACCCUCCCAUUCUUGAUUAUUUGGGCUCGUCGUCGUCUGUUCCCGUCCCGGGGACGCGGAAGAAAGAAGGAAGGCACCUGGCACUGUAAUAUUAUGCUGUAUGGACUCGUCUAUUGUCACCGUAUCCCCACCUGCUCCCGUCUACCCUCGUCCUCGUUUUCUAGCUGUGCAUACCUUUCGGGUUUCUUGUACAAUGUUAUAAUUACCCUGUAGAAUUGUGUAGUAUGGCAUCGUCGUAUGUUUGGUGUUAAGAAUACUCUACCCGCACAGACGAGUGAGACAAGUCAGGGUUCCAUUGCCCUUU